CCGUGUGCCGGCAGUGACAGUGGCGCCGCGAUGGGCUGGGGCACCCGUCUGGGCCUCCUGGGCGGACUGGCCCUGUGGGCGCAGUGGCGGAGGGGAGCGUCGGCCGCCGCCCAAUACGACGGCGUCCGGGGCAGCGGGGAGCGGCGGGACCUGGAGCUGAAGCUGGUGCAGGUUGUCUACCGGCACGGGGCACGCACCCCGCUGCGGCCCCUCCCGGUGGCAGAGCCGGUGGAAUGGCAUCCCACUCUUUUAGAUGUCCCUGCUUGGACUAAGUUUGAUUACAUGGUGACUGACCUAAAUGGAGGGCCUCAACCCCCUUCACCUGAUGACAAGGAAUACAAAAAGACUACAUUCAGGGGUGGUGUAAUUGCAGGACAGCUGACAACAGUAGGGAUGCGACAGAUGUUUGCCCUGGGGGAAAGGCUGAGGAGACGCUAUGUGGAAGAAAUCAACUUUCUCUCCCCAGUAUUUAAGCCUGCUGAGGUCUUCAUCCGUUCCACUAAUAUUUUCCGGAAUCUGGAGUCAACACGGUGCCUUCUAGCUGGGCUGUUCCAACAGCAGAAAGAAGGGCCUGUUGUCAUUGUCACUGAUGAAGCAAGCUCUGAAAUCCUCUACCCCAAUUACGUCAGCUGUCAGCGCCUGAAAUACUUGACCAGGCUGAAAAUGAAGAAUGCUCUGCAACAGCAAGAUGCCUCUGAUGACUUGAAAUUAAUUAAGGAGAAGAUGGGUAUUGAUGGUGAUCAGUCCGUGGAUUUUUUUCUCUUUCUUGAUAACAUUCUUGCUGAGCAGGCACACAGUUUGCCAAGCUGCCCUGUGCUGAAGAGCUUUCAGGAGACGGUUGAGCGUCGAUGUGUUGACAUGCUGCUUGGCCUUCUGGAAGAUGGUACAAGAGAAACUCUUCAAAUGAGUGUUGGUCUCCUGUUCCAUACCUUACAGAAGAACAUUACAGAAGCAGUAGAUCCCUUAUCUCCAGCUAAAAAGGCCAGAAAGCUCAUUCUCUAUGCUUCGCAUGAUGCUACCCUUCUGCCUCUCCUGGUGGCACUGGGCACCUUUAAUCGGAAGUGGCCCCCGUAUUCUGCAGAUCUGACCCUGGAACUGUAUCGGCACCGGCGGUCCCGAGAGUGGUUUGUCCGCUUGACUUACUGUGGACAGGAACAAGUGGUGAAAGGAUGUAGAGCAGGUCUUUGUCCACUUGAAGAAUUUCUAGAAGUUCUUUCACAGUAUUCAGUCAGUCCAGAGGAGUACAAUAGUCUGUGCUCCUAAAUGGAGGAGAAUCAGCAAUAUGACUCAUAAGUUAUCUUAAAUUAAAAUUUUAUUGUCACAA